AUGGCCAAAACUUUUACUCCGACGAGGAGUAAGGACAAUGUCUUCUCAAGACGUGAGAUAGAAGGCAUGAUUGCCGAAGGAAAGCUCAUCAUUAUUGUCGACGACAAAGUACUCCGACUAGAUGGCUGGAUUAAAUUCCACCCUGGCGGUGAUAUGGCUAUCAAACACAUGAUAGGCAAAGAUGCUACAGAUGAAGUCAAUGCACUACAUUCACAGGAAGCCCGUUUGCGCAUGAGCAAAUUCCAGAUUGGCCGUAUCGAAGGCCAGUGGACCAACUUCCUUCCUCCGAUCCAAGGAGGCGAAUUUGAACGCUAUGAUCCAAACGAAGAAGACACACCCUACUCCGAAUCUUCAAGCGAUGAUCUUUCCGCACCGCCAUCCCCUAUUUUCGACCACCAAGAAGAUUCCCUAGGCCUCAGGCGCAGACUUUCUGUAUCGACCAUCUCUUCAGCAAUCAGCGCUGUUCCUCCCACAGAAGCCAAGCCACGAGCAUACGUGAUUGAUGCUCGAACACAAGACGAAAUCGAGAUGGAUUUAGCCAAAUACCCUCCUCUCGACUUCGACCACCAAGAAAACAUCAAGCGGAAAUAUCGCCAACUCAACGAACGCAUCCGAGCAGCUGGUCUGUACAAAUGCAACUACUUCGCCUAUGCCAUUGAAAUCGCCCGUUAUUCCCUCUUCUUUGGACUCUUCCUCCUCUUCUUAAGAAAGUCCUGGUUCUGCACUUCGGGACUCUUCCUCGGAUUCUUCUGGCAUCAGCUUGUCUUCUCUGCCCAUGAUGCUGGUCACAUGGGUAUAACCCACAACUACCAAGUCGACACCGUCAUCGGCAUGAUUAUUGCGGAUUAUCUUGGCGGAUUAAGUCUAGGCUGGUGGAAACGCAGCCACAACGUCCACCAUAUUGUAACAAAUGCACCGGAGCACGACCCAGACAUCGAGCUGAUGCCUUUCUUUGCGCUCUCACACCGAUUUUUCAGCUCACUCCGAAGCACCUACUACGACCGUAUCAUGGAGUUUGACGCAGUCGCCAAGGUCACGGUCAAAUACCAGCAUUUGCUGUACUAUCCCAUUCUUCUUUUCGGGCGCUUCAACCUCUACUUCCUGAGCUGGGAACAUAUCAUCGUUGGACGGGGCCCGAAGCAAGGAGCCGGCUGGUGGCAUCGGUGGUUCGAGCUUGCGGGCCACGCCUUCUUCUGGGCCUGGUUCGGGUACGGCGUUGUCUGGAGCAGUAUCCCAGAUUGGUGGAACCGAGUGGCUUUCGUGCUUAUUUCCCACAUUGUCACAUCACCACUCCAUGUGCAGAUCACUCUAUCUCAUUAUGCAAUGUCGACUGCUGAUCUUGGUCCUAUGGAGUCUUUCCCGCAGAAGAUGUUGCGGACAACAAUGGAUGUUGACUGUCCCCCCUGGUUGGACUUUUUCCACGGUGGUCUGCAGUUCCAGGCUAUUCAUCAUCUCUAUCCUCGAAUCCCGAGACACAAUUUGCGCAGGACGCAACAGUUUGUCAGAGAAUUUUGCCAGGAGGUGGAUAUUCCUUAUGCCGUUUUUACCUUCUUUGAUGGCAAUAAGGAGGUGAUCGGUCGUCUUGGAGACGUUGCCAAGCAGGCCAGGAUCCUAGAAGAAUGUCGCAAAGCUUGUGCGGCUGACCCUCACCAUUUGCAUUGA